GAACCAGCCCAGGCGGGCAGGGAAGGGGGAAGAAACGGGCGGUCCAGGCCAGGCCACGUUAGAAGAAGGGGCGGGGGCGGCGGCGGAGUAAAAAGAGGAGGCGACGGCUCGUAGUUUCCCCGGCCGAGGCUUCCCGGCGAGAGAGGAGCGCGGUGUGGUGGGAGCCGACGGGGGAUCAGCCAUGUGCGGAAUCUUUGCUUAUUUGAACUACAGAGUGCCCCGGACCAGAAAGGAAAUAUUUGAAACUCUCAUAAAAGGACUACAAAGAUUAGAAUACAGGGGAUAUGACUCUGCAGGUGUUGCAGUCGAUGGGAAUAAUAUUGAAGAUAAAGAAAGGAACAUUAAGUUAGUAAAGAAAAGAGGGAAAGUAAAGGCUCUUGAUGAGGAGUUGCAAAAACAAGAUGGUUUAGACCUAAAGGCAGAUUUUGAGACUCAUUUUGGCAUUGCUCACACCCGCUGGGCAACCCACGGAGCACCAAAUGCAGUGAACAGUCAUCCUCAACGGUCCGAUAAAACUAAUGAAUUUGUUGUUAUUCAUAAUGGAAUCAUAACAAACUACAAAGACCUCAGAAAGUUUCUGGAGACCAAAGGAUAUGUAUUUGAAUCAGAAACAGACACUGAAACUAUUCCAAAGUUAAUCAAGUAUGUGUAUGAUAACAGAGAUACUGAAGACAUGAGUUUUUCUGCCUUGGUUGAGAGAGUUAUUCAGCAGCUGGAAGGGGCUUUUGCAUUGGUUUUCAAAAGUGUUCAUUAUCCAGGGGAAGCUGUUGCUACCAGGAGGGGGAGUCCUCUGCUCAUUGGAGUUCGUAGUGAAUCAAAGUUAUCCACUGAAGAAAUUCCUAUUUUGUACAGAACAUGUAACAUUGAAAAUGUAAAGAAUAUGUGCAAAACGCGAAUGAAGAGACUGGACAGUUCCACCUGCCUUCAUGCUGUUGGAGAUAAAGCAGUUGAAUUUUUCUUUGCUUCAGAUGCAAGCGCCAUAAUUGAACACACCAACAGAGUCAUUUUUCUAGAAGACGAUGACAUUGCAGCCGUGGCUGAGGGGAAGCUUUCAAUUCACAGGUUAGAACGCUCAGCCAGCGACGACCCCUCUCGAGCCAUCCAGACCUUGCAAAUGGAGCUGCAACAAAUCAUGAAAGGGAAUUUCAGUGCUUUUAUGCAGAAGGAGAUAUUUGAACAACCAGAAUCUGUUUUCAAUACCAUGAGAGGAAGAGUGAACUUUGAGACCGACACAGUUCUUUUAGGUGGCUUGAAAGAUCACUUGAAAGAAAUUAGGAGAUGCAGACGAUUGAUAUUAAUUGGUUGCGGAACCAGUUAUCAUGCUGCAGUGGCUACUCGUCAAGUGUUAGAAGAAUUGACCGAGCUGCCUGUGAUGGUGGAGCUUGCCAGUGACUUUCUGGACCGGAAUACUCCAGUAUUUCGAGAUGAUGUGUGCUUUUUUAUUAGCCAGUCAGGGGAAACUGCAGAUACACUGAUGGCUUUGCAGUACUGUAAGAAUCGUCGUGCUUUGACAGUUGGCAUUACAAACACUGUUGGAAGCUCAAUCUCUAGGGACACAGACUGUGGAGUACAUAUCAAUGCAGGACCUGAGAUUGGAGUGGCAAGCACGAAGGCUUACACCAGCCAGUUCAUCUCUCUUGUAAUGUUUGGCUUGAUGAUGUCAGAAGACAGAAUUUCAUUGCAAAACAGGAGACAAGAAAUAAUCAAUGGGCUAAAGUCCUUACCUGAGAUGAUUAAAGAAGUACUGUCCUUGGAUGAGAAGAUACAUGAUCUGGCACUUGAACUAUAUAAACAGCGAUCACUUCUGGUUAUGGGCCGUGGCUACAAUUAUGCCACUUGCUUGGAAGGAGCAUUGAAAAUCAAAGAAAUUACAUAUAUGCACUCAGAAGGGAUCCUGGCUGGGGAGCUGAAGCAUGGCCCUUUGGCACUUAUAGAUAAACAAAUGCCAGUUAUCAUGGUUAUUAUGAAGGAUCCCUGCUUUACAAAAUGCCAGAAUGCUCUACAGCAAGUUAUCGCUCGCCAGGGUCGCCCUGUUAUUUUAUGUUCUAGAGAAGAUACUGAGAGCUCCAAAUUUGCUUACAAAACUAUUGAGCUGCCACAGACUGUGGACUGUCUGCAAGGAGUUUUGAGUGUUAUCCCUCUCCAGCUGCUUUCAUUCCACCUGGCUGUUCUCAGAGGAUAUGAUGUGGAUUUUCCAAGAAAUUUGGCCAAGUCUGUGACUGUGGAAUAAACAUUAUACCAUAUUAUUGGCACCAGUAAUCUCAAAUUAUAUUUGUCAAAAAGUCUUAUUCAAAAUACAGUGUCUUUGCAAAGCACAUCAUUAUGAAGCAUAAUUCUGUUUCAGUAGAAUUUUUUAUGAUGGAAACCUUGAGCCAGUACAAUGGAUGUACAUCUGACCAGAAAAUAUUUGAAAAACGUUAAAUUUUGUAAAGGUUUGCUUAAUGUGCCUUUAAAUAUUUGUUACAUGCCUUGCACCUAAGUGCUCUUGCUUAUAGCAUACAGUAUUAGGGAAAUAACAAAAUUGCCAAAGAAUGGAAGGAAAUCAUUGUUUACAUAUAGUUAAUGAAUGGUGUUUUCUAUGACAGUGCAAUAUAUAUGUGUAUAGCUUUUUCUGACUUACUGUGAAUAAAUCAACACUAUACAUGCAGCCCAAUUCUAUACAUGUAGAUAAAGGAUUUACUCCCAGGUACAUGUGCAUAGGACUGCUGCCUUAUUUUUUAAUACAUAGUAUUUAUAUAUACACAAGUGUAUAGCUUUUAAGUUAUUUUUCAGCAUAUUUGGUUUAUAGUCGUAGUAAUGCCUAGGAUUUUCAUGUGGGUUCAUCAAGAUUUUACUAAUUAUGUACAAUACCUUUUAAAUUUUAUAUUUUUAAGUAUAAUGAAUUGUAUUUCCAGUCAUUUCCCACAUUCCCCCUACUAUAAUGUGAUUGAGAAAAGUUCUUGUUAUCUCUCCACACAUCUUUCCAUCCAUAUUGCAUUUAGCAACCUUUCAGUACUUUGGCACUGUCAGAAAUGAAGUUUGUCAAACAUUCAUACUGUGUUAUUUUCCCUCUUAGUUAUCUUUAUCAAAAAUGCCAUUUUACUUCAGCCAAUUUUCAUCUUCUUGAACGUUAUUUAACCCUAUAAGGCAAUUGGAUAUUGUGUAUGCUCAGUGUUUUUGUACUACAGCCAAGAUGCUAUGCAAUUAAAGAAAAUUAUUGAUUGCAAA